ACUCCUGUGUUCUGUGACGAGGAAAGAGAACCCCACUAUCAGCGGUGAUAACAACAGCAACAACGACAACAACAAUUUUAAAACACAGCACAUUGACAGCAGCAUAAUAAGCAACAUCGACUGCAAUUAUAUAAGGCAGUAGAAAAGAAAAUACAACAGCAACGGCAGCAACAGUGAAGAAACACCAAAGACAGCAGCAAACAGCAAUUGUGAUUGUGUUGGUCGGUCUGUGCCUGUGUGUGUGUGACACGUGACAAAGAUGUCGGCGGAACUUGUCUCCCUGGUGGUGCUGGUGGUCAUCGUGGUGUUGUUGCUGCUCUACUGUACACGCAGAAGGCGUACGGUUCCAGUCGCAGGUACCCCGGUGGAAGCCGAGGAGCGUCGACUGAUCAAAGAGGUGCACGAAGAGACCAUGACAGUGUCCAGCAAGAAGAUUCUGUUCGCCAACAUGGAGAAGGCGGAGACUCUGUACGAGAUGCUGCAGUCGCAGACAGUGCACGAGGUGGCCAGUAAAGUGAGCUCUCUGGACGAGGUGAGCGCCGUCAUCCACAAGGCAGGGUUGGAGACAUGCAACCUGAUCUUUGGUAUUGACUACACUGGCUCCAACUACCUUCAGGGCAAAAAGACAUUUGGCGGGAAAUGUUUGCACGACAUCAACCCAGAUCGCCUUAAUCCUUACCAAAGUGUGAUCUGUACCCUCGGUGAGACUCUGGAGCCAUUCGACGACGACGGUGUUAUCCCGGCUUUUGGCUUCGGAGACGCCUACACCAAGGACCACUCAGUCUUCUCGCUCAGGCCAGAA